CACUGAGCCGCAGGACUCCGCCUGAACCCGCUCCUCUGCGCUCCGGAUCAGAGGUAAACUGGUUCGCUUCUCUCCGGCUCGGAGCCCCCCUCUCAACCGAGGACCCGACGCAGAACCCGGAUUUGCCCAAACUGGAUUCUCGUAGCUCGUCGCCAUGCGUGCCCGGGUUUAGGUUCUCCAUGGAGCUCUCGAACCUGUACGAGGUCGCGCCCCGGACCCUGAUGAGCAGCCUGCCCCACGGCCAGCAGCCCUCCUCCGGCUACAGAGAGCCGGCAGACCUGGGCGGGGAGAUCGGGGACAGCGAGACCUCCAUCGACCUGAGCGCCUACAUCGACCCGUCGGCUUUCAACGACGACUUCUUGGCCGACCUGUUCCACCACAGCUCCCGGCAGGACAAGCUGAAGACCGUGACCGGGGACUACGAGCCGGCUCCGUGCGGCGCGGGGCCCCAGCACCACUACAUGGCCAACUACAUGGAGUCCAAGCUGGAGCCGCUCUACGACCACAACCCGCAGCGCCUCCGGCCGGUGGCCAUCAAGCAGGAGCCGCGGGACGAGGACGUGAACCCGGGUCUGCCGCCCACCUACCACCCCCCGCAUUCCCAGCAGUACUCCCAGCAUUCCCAGCCGCAGCAGCCGCACCUCCAGUACCAGAUCGCGCACUGCGCGCAGACCACCAUGCACCUCCAGCCGGGCCACCCGACACCCCCGCCGACCCCGGUUCCUAGUCCGCACCAGCACCACCAUCACCACCCGCAACAUCACCCGCAGCAGGGCGGCCUGAAGCUGCUGGAGCACCGGGGAGGCGGCGGCAAGUCCAAGAAGAACGUGGACAAGGGGAGCCCGGAGUACCGGCUGCGGCGCGAGCGCAACAACGUGGCCGUGCGCAAGAGCCGAGACAAGGCGAAGAUGCGCAACAUGGAGACCCAGCACAAGGUGCUGGAGCUGGCCACCGACAACGACCGGCUGCGGCGGCGCGUGGAGCACCUGACCCGCGAGCUGGACACGUUACGGGGCAUCUUCAGACAGCUGCCGGACGGCUCCUUCAAACCCAGCUGAGAGACCGGGACCGGACCGAAUCCGGACCGGUGCGCUGCUGGAUUUACACUCACUAACGGUUCUACACGUCUUCAUGUGUGAGAGGAGACUGAGGCAGCUGGACUCACCUGAGUCCUGAGAGACAACAAUAGGAACGUUUGGUCGCGUGGACAGACGCACCUGAAACAGGUGAUCCGAUCCGGUCUCACGUCUCUUCAGGAGGACUAACGACCAGUGGGGUCUCUGUAUGUCUUGUGUCUGUGCCUCCUUAUAAAGCCAAUAAGCUCGUCCCCGCAGCUCCCCCGAGGAGCGCUUGUUUCGGUGCACAGGACCACCAGCGGUCUUCAUCCUGGUCUGGACCCCCUCAAGGUCUCCACUGCCUCCAGGUCUGUCUCAUGUAAAGGAGGAGUGAUGAUGAUGAGGAGGGGGGUGCUUCUUCAUCUCAGAAACAAGGUUUCUGUUCUCUCUUCUUUAGUCAACAAUUUGUUUAAAAACGAUGAUAAUAAUAAUAAUAAUAAUAAUAAUAAUAAUAAUAGUUAUGAAAUGCCAAAAAGACAAGAACAAACUCAUAGAAACUGGAACAGUCUGUGUCUCCUGUGGACAUCUCACACACACAUAUACACACACAUACACACACAUAUACACACGCACACAUGCGGGCACACACAUUCACACACAGACACACACACUCUCACACAUGC